AUGCCAGACUCGAGGAUGCCGCCACCGACUGUGUCGAUGGAAGCAAUAGACUUGGAAAGCCUUGCCGAGGCCUGUUCGUUGGCCCCCGCUGACAUCGAGGAUGUGUACGCUUGCACUCCCCUCCAAAUCAACUGCAUGGCCGAAUCGUCGAUUCGAACCGGGGCAAGCGUGUAUCAAUUCGUGCUGUCCAUUGCCCCUUCGGUUGACCUUGAUCAACUCUGCGAUGCCCUCCAACGCGUAGUAUGGAUGAACUCGGUCCUGCGCACCCGGAUUGUCGACUGCCCUCUUGGGCUUGUGCAGGUUGUCACCCGCCAACCGCAUUGCACGGUGCGCCUGUCUGGACAUGUUUCACGCCAUGUCAAAGAUGAGAAGGCAUGGUUGCCAAAUCUGGGCGAGCCGCUGUUUCGCUCUGCCAUUGUCAAUCGUAGACUGGUCCUGACCAUGCAUCACGCCAUCAUGGAUGCCACGUCCCAUUACCUCCUGCUCGUCGAUAUGAUGCGUGUAUAUCAUGGCCAUGAGCCGAUUACACGUGCCCCCUUUAAAGACUUUGUAUAUCAUUGCUCAAGUAUUGACGAGGCUUCGGCGAGAUCGUUUUGGACGUGCCGCUUCAAAGGUGUCCCGGCUGUCUACCCAUACGUCGAGUCUAGCUACACCCCCCUCGCAUCGCAGCAGCUAAUUCGGAUGAUGGAGAUCAGCCGUAUUAAUGCGGAUGUAUCCCCGGCUCAUAUCCCCUCGUUCUUGGAGGCAGCAUGGUCCCUAGUACUCGGCGCCUACGCUGGCAGCAAGAACGUUGCGUACGGCCUCGCUGUAUCAGGUCGAGCGAUGGCUUCAGGCGGCAUCGAGACAACCAUGGGGCCAACCGUGGCCGUUAUUCCGGUGCAAGCCAGGCUCCAGCCGAGCAUGACGGUCCGAGACAUGCUUAAGGAGAGGGCCACGGCGCUGCGCCAGCUUCAGACACAUCCCGCUCUACAGUACGACGCGAGCAAGAUUGCUCAAGUGAGCGGAGCAGCGCGAAUCGCGUCCGGGUUUCAGGCAAUGCUAAACAUGUUUCCGCCCAUGCCUGAGCUAGAGACCUGUGGCCAAGGAGUCACCUGCGAUGAGGCGGUCGACCCGGCCGGGGCAUUUUCCAUUUGCCUCAGUUGCAUGUUUACCAACCAAGGAAUCCUCAUGAAGGCAAGAUUUGACCCGUCCGUUCUUUGCCAAGGCCAACUACGCCGGUUCCUGUAUCAAUUUGAGCACACUCUUGCAACGUUGAUGAGGGCAGAGGCGCAAACCAAAAUUGAGUCCCUGUCACUGUUAAGCCCGCAUCAUUUUUCGGAGAUUUCCAGGUGGAACAGCGGGUUGCCAGCAGCAACGAAUACAUGUCUCCAUGAUGCCUUUACAGCUCAGGCCACAAGAUGGCCUUCAAACACAGCCGUGGAGGCAGUUGACGGGAGGCUAAGCUACUCAGAUCUGGCCAUUCUUUCAGACCGUCUGGCCGGCGAGCUGUGCCGGAGAGGCGUAACUGUAAACUCUGCAGUUGCGCUCGUCUUUACCAAGUCCAUGUGGGCUGUUGUUGCCAUGCUCGCCGUCUUGAAGGCGGGCGGAGUAUGCGUUCCCAUAGAUGGGGCCCAACCAGACGCUCGCAAAAAGCUUCUCAUAUCCAGCGUUAAAGCCGGCGUCAUCCUAACGUCGUUAUCAGAUUUUGCGUGUCCUGCCGGCUUGGUUGCAGACGUUGUCGUUAUAAGCCCGGCAUUUAUGGCAGAUUUGGCGGGCCCGAAUGAUGCGAUUGUCGAUGUGCAAAAGACAUCACCAGAAGACAAUGCCUUCAUCUUGUUCACCAGCGGAAGUACUGGAGCUCCCAAGGGCGUCAUGCUAGACCAUCGCUGCUUGGUCUCUGCACUGUUCUCCAUGUCUAGGCGGCUUAACUGGCGUCCAGGCCUGCGAAUGCUGCAAUUUGCCGCGUUCGUGUGGGAUAUCAGCAUUGGAGAGGCGUUUGGCGCGCUUGUUACUGGUGGAUGUCUCUGCAUGCCCUCGGAAGAGGCUCGACUAUCAGGCCUUGCAGGGUUCAUACAGUCCCAAAAGGUGCAGUGCGCGUGGCUGACUCCGACUGUUUUGCGUACCAUAUCUCCAGACGAGGUAGAUUGCUUGGAAAUGAUCAUUUCAGGCGGAGAGCCUGUCAGCCCCACGUCAUUCAGGACUUGGGGCAAAACGCUUCGUUUCGUCAAUGCCUGGGGACCAUGCGAGGCGUCCAUAGCCAGCGCAGCCGCUGAGCUGACACCUGCGUCUCCCUACCCCCAGACCAUCGGCAUGCCUCUCAAUUGUGCCAUCUGGAUUAUAAAUCCUGAUAACAAGGACGAGUUGGUUCCCAUCGGUGCCGUUGGAGAGCUUCUGGUUGAAGGCCCUGGCGUGGCCCGUGGCUACGCCAACGACGCCAUCAGGACCGCGGCCGCCUUCAUAUCGCCGCCACGCUGGGCUGCACAUCGAGCCAGUGCAUCGUCGCGAUUCUAUCGGACGGGAGACCUUGGUAGAUACAAUCCGGAUGGGAGCAUUGACUUCCUAGGGCGAAAGGACAGCCAGGUCAAGAUACGCGGCCAGAGAUUCGAGCUUGGCGAGCUUGAGGGCGUCCUCUCUGGCCAUGGCCAAGUGAGACACAUCUUCACAGAGCCCAAGAUCUACAAAGGUCGAACAGAGCUUGUAGCAGUCGUCUCUCUCUAUGAUCCACAACUUCCGACAGGAAGCGUUCUCCAAGAACUGUAUCCUCCUCACGAUAGGCUCGCUGCUGACCAUUUGAGAAAUUUGCGCGCCUUUGCGAGUUCCAAGCUGCCUCACUACAUGGUACCGACUGUGUGGAUGGCAGUCGAGCAAAUGCCCCAGACAGCUUCGGCAAAGCUUGCGCGAACAGAAAUUAGUGACUGGCUCAAGACAAAGGACCUGUCGUGCGCAAAAGCUGCCUUGUGUCCCAUGGCUAUCACGCUGACGCCACCAGUCACAACGGUGGAGGAAGAAGUGCAGUCUAUAUGGGCUUCCAUCUUGGAGAUUCCCAAAGACACGAUUGGGAGAGAAAGCUGCUUUGUUCAACUUGGCGGAGACUCCAUGUUGGCCAUGCGGGCAGCCAGUCAGUGUCAGAGGAAAGGCAUCGCAAUUGAUACCGCUCUCCUAUUGCAGAAUCAACCUCUUGCAGUCCUUACACAAGCAUUGAACUCGACACCAGUUCGAAUUGAUGAGGUAGUACCGUCUUCACCUGAGAGGCCUUGCAGUGUUGAGUUUGGUCCUCUGGAGGGCCGUCUGCUCGCCCUUGGCCUCAAGAACCAUGAUAUAAAUGAGCAUGACAUCGAGAGCAUAUACCCUGCUACAGAUGCACAAGCGAUGAUGCUUGCUGUCGGCUACACGGCGCGUCAAACCUGUUUUACGCUCGAAUUGACGCCUGCUCUUGGCGUAGCCAAGCUUCAAGAGGCUUGCAGGGCCGUACUCAAACACCACCCGAUCCUGAGGACAGUAUUUUUCCAAAAAGGUCCCGUCAUCUAUCAAGCCGCCCUGAAGAAGCUGCAUUCAGAUGCUGUUAUUGUGAAACCAGAUGGUCAAGUCACACCGGCCGCCUGUGAGAGAGGUGCUUUGUUGGCGCAUUUCUGCCUGGUUUCCGGCGGACAGAACUGCGACAUCCUGAGUCUGAAGAUACAUCAUGCUCUGUAUGAUGCUGUCAAUCUGUCACUCAUCUUUCAAGAUCUCAGUGCGGCGUACCUGGGUGAUUCAAUGUCCGAUGGACCUCACUUCCAUUCUUGGGUAUCGCACGUUGGAAGCCUGGAUGGCACUCGACCGCGACAAUUUUGGAUAGAAGCAUUGCGAGGCUCUUCCAUUUCUCAGCUUGCUCCGCCGCGGCUCAUGCCUAUUCAAAAUCAUCUUCUUCGAGAUUACAUGCAGAUUCGCACUCCCGUGGACAACUUGCACACAUCUUCAGGAACACCUUCUAGUGUAUUCAAGGCCAUCUGGGCCGUGGUACUCUCGACCGCUCUUGACGUAAACGACGUCGUAUUUGGUGAAGUCAGUUCCAACCGCUACUUGAUGAUGCCGGGAGUCGAAAAAGUGCGCGGUCCUUGUGUCAAUUUUCUGCCCGUCAGAGCGCGCCUGGGCGAGGAAAUGACUUUGGCAAUGCUGAUUACACAGAUGCAUGACCAUGAGACGGCCAGCCUUCCGCACCAUCACUUGGGCUAUCGUUCCAUCGUCAGAGACUGUACAUCGUGGCCUCGGGCGUCUAGAUUGGGCUCCAUGGUUGUGUUCCAGAAUCACAGGUCUUUGGACGCCUCUGUCAGAGUUGGCCAUGCGGACGGCGCGCUCUCGGCAGUGGCUGACGCUGCAGAAUCUGCAGAUCUGUUGAUGGUGGUCACGCCUGGUCUCAAGGACCUGUUGCUUGAGCUUCACUUUGAUAAGGAAACAAUACCUACGGAUCAGAUUAAUUGGAUCUACCGAUCAACCACUGCCCUUCUACAGGCCAUACCAUCUAGUUUGGAGCAAACUCUCGGCCAUCUUGGCCACCGAGUUCGAGAAGCAGUAGGCUCCUACGUGAUGCCUCCGGCACCCAUCACGGACCUACCCACUCAACCUUGCGAUAAGCCCUCUCCAUCUAUGGAAGCAAGAGAUAUUGUCUGGAAUGCGUGGAAGGAGCUUGAACUUCUCACCGUAGAUCAAACAGAGUCUUGUUCCAUGUUUUCCGGCGACGCAGACAUGGUCACAAUUCUGCUGCUCGCUGAGCAGUAUUGUUCCUACGGGUAUAACGUCACCACCGAAGACGUCAUCCGCAAUCCUAGUCGUGUGACUCAGGCAGCUCUGAUUGACAUUACUAUCAGAAAAAGAGGAGCUUGCCUUACGAAAUAG